CCUCCACGCCAUGACUCAUGCCUAUUGUGCCAGGCAGGGCGUACUCUGCCCCGCAGCCUUACAGGUGGUAUCGGCUCGGUGAGACAGUUCCCGCCAGGCUAGGCAGUGGAGCGCCGCACAGCGCGCCUUCCUGCCUCCCAGCCGCCUGCCGGGCAAUUCCGACCCGGCGCCAGCAGGCCUGCUUGGUCGAUCUUCGAUCCAAAGAUGCGGCGGGGCUGGAAGAUGGCUCUGUCCGGGGGGCUGCGGUGCUGCCGCCGAGUACUUUCUUGGGUGCCCGUGCUCGUUAUCGUCCUCGUUGUGCUUUGGUCCUACUAUGCCUACGUCUUUGAACUCUGCCUGGUGACUGUUUUGAGCCCAGCAGAAAAAGUUAUCUACCUCAUAUUCUACCAUGCCAUCUUUGUGUUCUUUACCUGGACCUACUGGAAGUCUAUAUUUACACUCCCACAACAGCCAAAUCAGAAGUUCCACUUGUCCUAUUCAGACAAGGAACGCUAUGAAAAUGAAGAGAGACCUGAGGUCCAGAAGCAGAUGCUCAUCGAUAUGGCCAAAAAGCUACCAGUUUACACAAGAACUGGGAGUGGAGCUGUUAGAUUCUGUGACCGGUGUCAUUUGAUCAAGCCAGAUCGCUGCCACCACUGCUCUGUCUGUGCCAUGUGUGUAUUAAAAAUGGACCAUCACUGCCCUUGGGUUAAUAAUUGCAUUGGAUUUUCCAACUACAAAUUCUUUCUUCAGUUCUUAGCUUAUUCUGUUCUCUACUGCCUGUACAUUGCUACAACAGUCUUCAACUAUUUCAUCAAAUACUGGAGAGGGGAAUUGCCCAGUGUUCGCUCAAAGUUCCAUGUUCUUUUCCUCCUCUUUGUGGCCUGCAUGUUUUUUGUCAGCCUUGUGAUUCUCUUUGGUUACCAUUGUUGGCUUGUCAGCAGAAACAAAACCACCUUAGAGGCCUUCUGUACUCCAGUGUUUACAAGUGGCCCAGAGAAAAAUGGGUUCAACCUUGGCUUCAUCAAAAAUAUCCAGCAGGUGUUUGGAGAUAACAAGAAGUUCUGGUUAAUACCUAUUGGAUCCAGCCCUGGUGAUGGACACUCCUUCCCUAUGAGGUCUAUGAAUGAGUCACAAAACCCACUGUUAGCAAAUGAAGAGCCCUGGGAAGACAACGAGGAUGAAAACCGAGAUUAUCCAGAAGUUUCAUCAUCUCUCACCAUGGAAACAGAAACAUAGCAGUUUACACAUUUCCUGCAUCUCUCAGACAGGACCCUCCAUCUCCCAUGAGGCUUACAGAGUUCAAUGUUGGGAACCAUUUUAAUCUUCGAAAUAAGUCACCAUGGUGGAUUGAAAGUUUCACAAUUUAAAAGCAUUCCAUCAAAUACUUGCUGCGUUGAGAGAUGUUUCAGGACUUUACAAGUUACUUAAUUUACUAACUGAACUCAUCAUUCUGGUAGCAAUUAAUUCAAGCCAGUCUUCCUCUCUUUCUUCAUUUUACCUCCACAAUCUGUAAAAACCUAAAUGUAACAUAUAUACUUUUCCAGAGGCUCUUUUUAUUCCUCUUCUCAGGUAAAGAGGAAUUCAAAAGACUUCCCUGGAGUCUCUAACUCCCCUGGAAAGACUGUUAAUUAUAUUUAUAGGGUCUUUGUGGUAUAAAGGAGAAUCAGACUGUUUGCUGCUUGUGUGCCUGUGCAUUUAUAAGCAUGCAUAUAUGCAGCAUAUUUACACAAAAUUCUGCUGUGGUGUUGUGAAAAUCAAGGUUAAAAAAAUCCAAGGUUUUUAUUCAAUUCUGCUUUUUUCCCUAAAUAGCAAUUUAAAUAUUUGCUGGGCUGUGAACACCAUCCCUAUAUCAGGUAUCUAAAAGUCAAGAGGCAUAAUCAACACACCAUAAUCAAGGUCCUCAAAUUGGAAAUUGAACAACAAUGCAAAGCCUGUUCUCUGUCAUAAAUGUGUUAUGUUCCUGAAAGCACAACAGCUAAUAGAGAAGAUCAGAUCAGAUUUCCACUGUAUUAAACAUAAGUAUUGGUGUUUUAAAGACUUUUAAUGUCAGGCUGUAGUAAAAUUCUCCACUUUUAUUAUUUUCUCUGCUACCUAGCUUUAUUUUUGCUUGUAUGAAUUGUUCUUAUGAUGAAAGAAAAACUAUAACCCUAAGUUAUGGACCAUAGGUUUUGUUAAGGAGCUUAAGAAUAAUUUUCAGGUUUAAUUACAAUACUGUUCAUAGGGUAAAGUUUCAAAGUUGAAAUUAGCCUAAGGAUUAGCACUCAAGAUCUGUGUUUUCACAGCAGGGGUUA